AUGCCUCCAGGUGGCCUUCUCACGCUCCGGCGGACAGAAGAACGUGUUUAUCGGGAUGAGGCGGUGUUCUGCGCAGGUGCGGGGAAGCAGCAGACCAUUGUCGUUGGAGCCGCGGAGACCGUGGGGACCCAGCACUCCUCUCCAGGCAGUAUGGUCGGUGCCGACGUGGGCGUUGAAGUCACCAAGGACAAUCAACUUGUCCGCCUUCGACACAGUCGCCAAGAGGGCGUGCAGGUCCUCGUAGAAUUUAUCUCUUGCGGCGGCGUCGGGGCUGCUCACCGGCGGAACGUAGGCGCUGACGAUGGUGGCGAAUUUGCCUUCACCCCGGAGAGGCAGACAGAGGCUUAUCAGGCGAUCUUUGAUGCCCUGCGGCAGACUGGGCAGUCAUCCCACGAUGUCGUUCUGGAUGGCAAAGGCGACACUCGCGUCUCGUCGCUCUGCCUUGGGUCGACCACUCCAGAAGAAGAUGUAGCCGGCACCCAUUUCCUCUAG